AUGGGAUCCCGAGUACUUAUAUCACGUGCCUCCACCCCCACGAAGCUCUUGGACUACUGUGACGACCCCGGAGUGAUACCGAACCUUAGCAGCGAAUACCAACCCCUCAUUGCCGCCGCCCGGCUUGUCCCUGGCUGCCUGUUGGCAUUUGGACGACCACCGCCCAGUCUGGCUCGAGCAUUUUCCAAGACCCCAAGGACCGCGAUUGGCGAAAUGUCCAAUAAAUCGGAUAUGGAGGGUUUAGGCCCAUCGCAUAUAGUUGACCGGACCGAGUCUGUUGACCCAGAAGCAAAUCCAGAAGACACCUCGGACUCGGACGACCAGUUUAGCGAUGCUAGAUCAGGACCGGCAACCCCCAAAAUCCGAUCUCCCACACCAAAAGUGAAUAGCAAGCAAAAAGGUGCAACUAGAAAAGAGGAAAUCAUACCACCUGAAGAGGAGGAUGCAGCUGCAAUUGUGAACGCCAACAAGCAGACUCAUACCAGUAUAGCUGAGGAAACAAAACAAGUUGAAGAAAAUGCCACCCCCGACGAGGACGAUGACGACAGAGGAGACGGGGCCGACGAUUUCGGUGACGACUUUGACGAUUUCGAAGAGGGCGGGAGUGCCGACGAUGGCUUCGACGACUUUGACGACGGCGACUUUGCCUCACCAGAGCCAGCAGUGCAGCUGCAGGCGCCAGUAACUCCCCAAUAUAAACCACCGCCAUUUGCCAUUCCUGAUUUCGACGGCCUCGACCCUGACCAAGUCCUCGAAGCAACGGAAGAUAUACUAAACACAUUAUACUCCCCCGAGAUGCUCGAGGUGCCCGCGCCUCAAACUCUUCCAACAGAUGCGUCUGUUUUUAUCAACCCGCGUUCCGCUUCACUAUGGUCGCAACUGGUUGCGCCUCCACCCCUCGCGCCACCCGACUGGAUCCGCUCGCGGACACGACGUCUAUUUCUCGUGUCGCUCGGCGUACCCGUGGAUCUUGACGAAAUUCUACCAGCCUCGAAGCAAAAGAAGCUGAUAUUACCCUCGCUGAACCUCAACGCCUCGUCACCGCGUGCAUCCAGCGACGCCCGCGGCAGCGGCUCAGCACGGCUAAAACAGGGCGACGGCAACGCAUCGUCGACGUCGCUCGACUCCCAGGGUAAGCCGUCUGCGUCGAAAAAGCGCAGAGGACUGCCGGCAGAGCCUGACCUGGAUCUCGUGGCCGCGCGCUACCUAUGCACCACGACGGACGAGGCCUUGGACGGCAUGACGGACGAGGAGCUCAAGGCGCACGUCGGCAAACUCGAGGCCAUGCAAGGCUCCGCCAAGGACGUGUUGGAAUAUUGGAAAAAGCGGACUGAUGAGAAGCUCGGUGACCGCGAGGCAUUUGAGGGCGUUAUAGAAAACCUGGUAGCUACAUAUGUUGACAACGACUACAUUAAUACAUCGUCACCAGACAAAUGCAAUUGCACGUUUCGAUCGUGCGACCUCCGGGUUAUGAGCCCGGCGCGCUUCCACUGCGCCAAAUUGCUUUCCAAUUCGUUGAAGACUAGUAAGACAAAGAGGCUUGGCUACUAA